CUGUGUGGGCUGCCGCUCUUCUCGCACUGUCCCAAAUCAAGAGGGACUCAACGGGUGUCGUGCAUGCAAGUUUUCCUCGCGAAAGUUUGAAGUGGCGGGAAGUUGGGGGAAGUGAAGGGCAGCAGGAAGGGGGUGCCUCCCCCUGCUCCACCGUAUACAUGGUACAUUCACACACGGCUCGCUCCCUGCGGACGAGCAGGGCUCAGUGUGUAAACGAGCGGCUCGCGGCUGAGCGGCUCGGAGCGCGCAUCAUGGCGGGGAACUCAUUGCGGCUUGGUCGCAGGACUACUUCGCUUCCCUGGGAACUGAGAGCAAUCGCGCUGCUUUUCCUGGUGCGCCUAAGCGGGGCGCUCGCUAACCAGGUACUGGUCCCCAGCAAUGUGAAUGCUAUUCUGGGAAGGAACAUGACGCUGAGCUGCCUGGUGGAGGUGGGCGCCAACCUCAGCCUCACCCAGAGCUCGUGGGAGCGUAGCCUGUCCACAGGCACCAUCACUCUGGCUGUCUUCAAUCCCGAGUUUGGAAUCUCCAUCUCCCCAGAGUACAGGAAGCGACUUUCCUUCCACUCGCCAUCCCCACAGAAUGUCACCGUGGUGCUGCAGGAUGUGGGCUUUUCUGACUCAGGAGUCUACACCUGCAAGGUGGCCACCUUUCCCUUGGGCAACACCCAAGCCUCUACCCAUGUCAGCAUCAUGGUGAAGCCUGAGGUGUACGUGUCAGCGGGCUCCGCUCCUCUGCUGGAUGGAGGCAAUGAGUCGCUGGUGGCCACCUGCAUAGCUGAGCGAGCACGGCCCCCUGCAAAUGUCUCCUGGGAAACAGAGCUGUUUGGCCGCUCACAGGCGCAUCAGCAGGCAGAGCCCAAUGGCACAACCACCUCCCAAGUGCGCUACCUCUGGCGCCCCACUCGCCGUGCACAGGACCACCCACUCACCUGCGUGGUGCAGCAUCCUGCCCUGCCCACAGAGUUCCGAAUUCCAUAUCAGCUCAACGUGCAGUAUGCCCCUGAAGUGACAGUGGCUAGGUCUAACGGAGAAUGGUAUGCUGGACGGGAGAAUGCGCAGCUCCAGUGCCAGGCCAACGCCAACCCGCCUGUGCACUAUUGGCACUGGUCCAGACUGGACGGACCCAUGCCAGAGGGAGUAGAGGUGCUGAACAAUACGCUGCUGUUCACGCUCCCACUGCAUCAGAACGACUCAGGGGUGUACCGCUGUGAAGUGGCUAACGACAUUGCCCAGAAGAGCAGAGAGACUCGCAUCUGGAUCCAAGAGCCACCCCCCACAACAGCCACAACUUCCACCACUCCUGCGCUUAUCCUCCCUGGCAAUGACUUCUCCAAUACCGCUCCAGCAAAUAGGCGUUUCCAGGUCAGCUCCCCAACCCUGGGCUCUCUGCCAGACAGCAGCCUGGGUGCCAUUGUGGGCGGGGCUGUGGGCGGGAUCCUGCUUUUGGUGCUCAUACUGGUACUGGGUGGGGUCUGCUACAUGCGGCAGCGGCGCACCUUCCGAGGCGACUACUAUACCAAGCAAUAUCUGGGUCCAGCUGACAUGCAAAAGGAACCCCAGCUGGACAUGCUGCAGCCACAUGAGCUACAAGAGGUCUACGGCAGGGGUGGCCCACCUCAGGACAGCCCGGACCUAAAACCCAAGUCCUGUGCAGACAUCGUUCACUCAGAAUAUGACACAGAGAGGAAGGACCGGGAGGACUGGGGUGAUGGUAUGUGCAACAGCCGCAGAAUCCACAGAGAGGAGGUCUAUUAUCCAAACCACCACAGCCCACACAGCAUACACUCAAGAGAGAUGCCCAUGCACUUAUCCAGUGUGAACAAUGGCUCCCCCUAUCUGUCGGAGGACUUCUAUGACAAUGGCAUUGAUAGCGAGUAUGUUUCCCAUCUGGAUGGAUCUGUUAUCUCGCGCAGGGAGUGGUAUGUGUGAGUGGAGCGAGAGACUGAGACAGGCAUUUAGCGAGAUAUUUAGCUUUAAGUGGUAGAUGACAUUUUGGUGACACACAAAAAAAAAAUGUAAAACCAAUACAGUAUACUUCUUUUGUCACUCACUAUCAAAUUGCAUAGUGUGAAUUCUGUGGCAGGUGAAUAUGUAAGUGAAGGAUUUCUAAUUGGAAGUAGCUUUGCUUUACCUGAAUGUGUUUGGAAGAGUGCUCCGCCAGUUCCUACAGGUGUGUGUGUGUGUGUGUGUGUGUGUGUGUGUGUGUGUCAUCUCACAACCUCGCAUACCUGCAUCACUCCACCCUCCUUGCCAUAGACCUGGUGCUCCAACAUUCUUACAAUUUGUAUUUUACUUGAAACCAAAAGCAAUUCUGUUUUAAUGCUGCAUUGAUUUGUCAUUAAAUGCAGUAUCCUUUUAAAUCAGGCAUUAAGCUGUUAUGACCAAUCAGUGAAUAUGGUUGUUUUUUGCUGUAGAGAAUCAUGUUGUAAUAUAUCAUCUUGACUAAAGGACAAAGGACAACAGUAUUAAGUGAAGUAGCAAAUGCUGUUGGACUUUAGGACAGAGUAUGGGACCUUCUGUUGUACCCUUUGAUCAGUGUACUUAACCUACUUUGCUUCAGAAUUGUACAGCUGUAUAAACGGUUUAAAAAUAGUAAACUUAUGUUUCUUCAGAAGAAAAUGGCUGUUAAGUCAGCGAAAAUUCCCCAGCAGUCUCCCCAGUCCCCAUUCCUUUUAGUCUACUGCCUUGGAGCCUCAAGCAGGUGACACUGGCUGGAGAAGGAGAGCUUGGGGUCUGCGAGGAUCAUAGCACUUCUGGCAUUGGCCAGCCUUUAUUUUUUUUCUGUUGCAUAUUAACAGUCCUCUGAAAAUGUACCACCAAAGAUGGGUGUAGAGGGUCCACUUGUGUUUCCACAUUAGAUUAAGGCUGUCCAACUGAUGUUAACCACUUGUAUUUUUUUUACCCAUUAUACAGGAUGCUAAGAAACUGGGGUAAAGGGAUCAAUGCAACUGAAGAUACUCAGUCCAUGGUUGGGCUUUUUCUGCCCACUAAAGUUAAGGCUGGUUAUACAUUCUGAGCAAUAGCCUCUGGUUCCCAUAUGGCUCUCCAGCCUCCUCAUGGGCUGGUUUGAGGGCACUGCCUGGCUUUUUAAUUUACAUCUUCCUUUUUUUUGUCCCCUCUACCUUGUCACCAGUUUCCCUUAUACUCCCAGUAGGAAAAGCUCUCAUGUCCCAGAAUAACCCAAGAUGUGUUUGACCCAAGCCUUGCACAUCUGCUCUGCAAGGGCCACCCCACCCGUCUUCAAAGCCUGGUGGCUGCCUCAAAAUUUAGGCCUUUUUAAUUUCCACCUUGGGCUGGGUGGUGCAUCCACAUGGUGUUGUGGCUGUGUGGCAGACUUAUAGAUGGUGUACAGUCGGGAUGAAGCCAGAUGCCCUCCUGACUGAGUGGCUGGAGAGCAACUUGUAAGAACAUAUUGGUGAUGCUGGUCACUGGUCCACUGCUCAUCUCCAGGUUAUGUUUUGAACGGUAUACAGAUGUUAUCAUUACUGGAGCUAAUUGAAAAAUCGUGUGACCCACCUUUCUGUUCAGGUCUCUCUACUGGAUGUCAUGAACUUGAUAAAUGGAAUUGGAUUUGUUUACAUCUACUGUGCCAUUUUGUCUGGUAAAGUUUUUUAAUACAUAUUUGCUUCAUUAUUGAUGGAAGUUUUGUGCCUUUAUGUUUUUCUUAAUUUAUCUUCAUUAUGGAGUGUGUAUACAGACAUGGAUGUGUGUUAGUCCCACGUGUCAAUUUACAGCGUAUAAAGCAGCACUGAGGUGGAGUCAUUCGUGCUCUCGCCACAGCUUGUAUUUGUGGACAUGGUUCCGGGUCUGUUACUCCAGUACCAGACACUUUUCAAGCCAGCGGGACCUCAAAUCACAUGUUGACACGUUGGUAAAGAAAGUAACAAAAUGGAAGACAUGGGAAAUGUGUCUUUUCUAAUUGCAAACCACUCAUAAGAACUAUGUUAUGACUGAAAUUAGAUACUCCAAGAUGGUGAAGAUGAUGAUGGUGAUUAUGAUGAUGAUGAAAGCCUGUUUCCAUAUUUGUUACAGCAUAAGUCACUAAUGUUAAAUUGGUGCCUUCACUGGGGUUUGCAGUGUGUUUUUAGCCUUAUGAGGAUGUUACUCUGUACAGUAGAGUCCCAGUAGCAGGAAAAGAAUAUAAAUGAACUGCAAAAGAGUGGCGUAUGCCAUCAGUAAGUUCUUUAUGAUUCUUCUGUGCCAUAUGAGAUGAACAAGGCCCUCCUAAUGACAUUUGCAACAUCUAGGUUGCAAUGCAUCUUUUUAAACUGGGCUUUUUGACCAGAGUUGAAUGGAAAAAAGUCUGUAAAUAUGUCUUAUCUUGUUGAUGUCUUUAGCUUUGUAUUUUGCAAAGCCUGACUGGGU